CAGAGCACUUCCUGAGUCGCCCGGCUGCUUGGCGUGGUCUGCGUGCUGAAGCUUUGACUCGCGUGCGCCGGGCUCUUCCGCGGCCUCGCGCGCCGGUCCCCGGGCCUCAUGGCAGGGCUGACCCUGUUUGUGGGCCGCCUCCCGCCCUCGGCCCGCAGCGAGCAGCUGGAGGAGCUGUUCAGUCAGGUGGGGCCGGUGAAGCAGUGCUUCGUGGUGACGGAGAAAGGGAGUAAGUCAUGUCGAGGCUUCGGCUAUGUCACUUUUUCUAUGCGGGAAGAUGUUCAGAGGGCCCUCAAGGAGAUUACUACUUUUGAAGGCUGCAAGAUCAACGUGAGUGUUGCCAAGAAAAAACUGAAGAACAAGUCCAAGGAAAAGGGGGGAAAUGAAAAUUCAGAGUCCCCAAAGAAGGAGCAGAAGCCUAAAAAGGCCAAAGUGGCAGAUAAGAAAGCCCGAUUAAUUAUCCGGAAUCUGAGCUUUAAGUGUUCAGAAGAUGACUUGAAGACCAUAUUUGCUCAAUAUGGAGCCGUCUUAGAAGUUAACAUUCCUAGGAAGCCAGAUGGAAAGAUGCGUGGUUUUGCUUUUGUUCAGUUCAAAAACCUCCUAGAAGCAGGAAAAGCUCUUAAAAGCAUGAACAUGAAAGAGAUAAAGGGUCGGACAGUAGCUGUGGAUUGGGCUGUGGCAAAGGAUAAAUAUAAAAAUACACAGUCUGCCUCUGCCCCAGGUGAGGAGAAGCAACCUGAACCUAAACAUCAGAAAUUAGAUAAAGUGAAUGGCAGGAAAGAAGAGGUUAUGAGAGAGGAAGAGGAUGAUGAUGGUGAUAUGGAAGAGGAUGAUGAUGAAGAUGGUGAUGAUGGUGAUGAUGAAGAGGAGGAGAAGAAUAAAGAAUCAAAGGUGACCAAGCGUGUGCAAAUUCACAAGAGAGCAGUCAAGAGACCAGUGCCCUCAGAAAGCAGUGAAGAGGACCAUUCCGAUGAGGACAGCGGCCUGGAGGACGGUGAUAGUGUUGGUAGUGAAGAGGACCUGGCUCAGAGUGAUACCCACACUGAAGAGCAGGAGGAUGAAGAUGUACAAGUCUCAAAGAAAAAGAAGAGGAAAUUACCCUCUGAUGUGAAUGAAGGGAAAACUGUUUUCAUAAGAAACCUGUCCUUUGACUCAGAGGAAGAAGAACUUGGGGAGCUCCUCCAGCAAUUUGGAGAUCUUAAAUAUGUCUGCAUUGUCUUACAUCCAGACACAGAGCAUUCUAAAGGUUGUGCAUUUGCUCAGUUCAUGACUCAAGAAGCAGCUCAGAAAUGCCUUGCAGCUGCUUCUCCAGAGACCGAGGGUGGCGGGCUGAAAUUGGAUGGCCGGCAACUCAAGGUUGACUUGGCAGUGACCCGUGAUGAGGCUGCAAAGCUCCGGACAAAGAAGGUGAAGAAGCCGACCGGAACCCGGAACCUCUACCUGGCCCGAGAAGGCUUGAUUCGUGCUGGGACGAAGGCUGCAGAGGGUGUGAGCGCGGCUGAUAUGGCCAAAAGAGAACGGUUUGAGCUACUGAAGCAUCAGAAACUGAAGGACCAGAAUAUCUUUGUCUCCCGCACCAGGCUCUGCCUGCACAAUCUCCCCAAGGCCGUGGAUGACAAACAGCUCAGAAAGUUGCUGCUGAAUGCCACUAGAGGGGAGAAGGGCGUGCGCAUCAAGGAGUGUAAGGUGAUGCGAGACCUCAAAGGAGUUUAUGGGAAAAUUAAGGGUCAGUCCCUGGGCUACGCCUUUGCAGAGUUCCAGGAGCACGAGCAUGCCCUGACUGCCCUACGCCACAUCAACAACAACCCAGAAAUCUAUGGGCCUCAGAAGAGACCAAUAGUGGAGUUCUCUUUGGAAGAUCGAAGGAAGCUUAAAAUAAAGGAACUGAGGAUCCAGCGCAGCCAGCAAAAAAUGCAAUCCAAGUCCACAACUGGUGAGGCCCAACAGGAGCAGCCAGAGCUUAGAGAAGACCAGAAACAGAAAGCAGCUCAAAACCACACACGGGAGCAAAGCCAGGCCCCUCCGGGGCAGAAGGGGAAGGCGGGCUCUGUCUCCUGGGCAGGGUUCCAGACCAAGGCCGAAGUGGAGCAGGUGGAGCUACCUGAUGGGAAGAAGAGAAGAAAGGUCCUGGCGUUGCCCUCACACCGAGGACCCAAAGUGAGGUUGCGGGACAAAGGCAAAGUGAAGUCUCUCCCUCCCAAAAAGCCAAAGCCCCAGAUAAACCAGCGGAAGCAAGAGAAGCAGAAAUCACCUCCCAAGCAGGUGCCUAAGAAAAAAGCUAAGGGAAAUAAGACAGAAAUGCGCUUCAACCAGCUGGUCGAACAAUAUAAGCAGAAAUUAUUGGGAUCUUCUAAAGGAGUGCCUCUCGCAAAGAGAAGCAAGUGGUUUGACAGUUGAUGCCAGCGGGCUGGAUAGAGGCUGGAUUGUGCGUUUCGUGGAGAAGCUCCCAGGCUCCUCCCCACCCCAGUGCUGUUUCCUAAGGGGAAGAACCCCCCCACACUGCCACUUUGUUGGGGGGGCUUCCUGGGCUGUGCUCAUCUGGACUUUGUGUGGUUGUUAACCAUAAAGAGAAAUAUCAGAGAAACAUUGUGAUGCUUCUUGCACAUUAAUUAUCCAGAUUAUUAUGUGAAGUUGUGUUUAUAAUUAUUAUCCAUUUUAACUCUGUUUCUCAAAUGGAAACAAUUGUAAAAUGCAUUCUUAAGUGCUGAAUUUUUAAGAUGUAUAUUUUAAGUGUCUUCUCUAGAUAAGAUAUUUUGUGGCUUUUUGAAUAACAGACUCUUAUUUCU